AGACGCUUUUACUGUUUUUUUGAUGGGACACUAGGUCCGCUGUUGGCCGGAGAUGAUUGGAGGUCGCUCCUGUUAGCUCCAGGGUCCCAGAGCCAUGCGAUCCCACGAGCCUGAAGGUUACCAACAGGACCGCUCGGAGCUCGUCCACUAGGAUGGGAGCUUAAUGUUAACAUGAUGGUCGACAAGGAGAUCCAGGGUCUCAGGGUCAUACUGCAUCUGUAUUAUCUGUUUACUUUAGGGAAGUGUCCGUUUUUAACAUUAUUAUUACAUCAUUAUACUCUAUUAUUAUACCCUCCGAUAGGAAACAAAACCUACACUGGACGAUGUGGAUCUGAGUUAAAAUCUGUCUUUUUGGUUGAUCACGCAAACUCAGGUCCCUCUUCCCUGCUAUAAACGAUGGCUGCUCAGGCGACCGAAUCGGACCAAAUCAAACAGUUCAAGGAGUUCCUGGGAACGUACAACAAGCUGACGGAGAACUGCUUCAUGGACUGUGUGAAGGACUUCACCACCAGAGACGUGAAGCCUGAGGAGACCAGCUGUUCUGAGAGUUGCCUCCAGAAGUACCUGAAGAUGACCCAGAGGAUCUCGCUGCGCUUCCAGGAGUACCACAUCCAGCAGAACGAGGCGCUGGCAGCCAAGGCCGGCCUGCUGAUUCAGCCCCACUAGGGUUCCUUCGCUCGGCCCCAGCUCAGCCACCCCCCCAUCCACCAGGAGGACUCCGGCGCUGGUCUCGGGGGUCCGGCACCAUUUCAGUUCCAUCACGUUCUCAUCUUGCCUGAGACCCCAGGAACUGUUCUGCCACAAGCUGUAGGAGCGCUCUGAAAGGAGAGCUGCCUAUUGGUUGAAGUCACUCUCCCUCCCCCAUCCCCCCACAGGGUUUGGUGUCACCGGAGCAUUCAUUUCCUCUUUGUACAGGAAGCGUGUGACCAAGGCCUGGGACUUUUGUUUACGUUCAGGAUUAUUCUGUGUGUCUUGUUUAAAAUAAAUGUUACUUCAGUUAAACAGAUCUUGCUUUCCUAACUGAAGAUAAACUUGUUCUAGAUGUGAACAGCUGCUAGGGAUGCUAGCGGCUGGGGUCGGGUUUUGCUUCCGCAAUACUAUAAAAAAAGAAAUUAUGGCAACAACGGUUCCGUCCUACAGAGGGCGCUACAGCGCAGGGUGAGUUUGCAUCAACUAUGUUCCGGUAAAGAAAUAUACAAAUUAAAUGUCCCGACACCGCCUGUCUGUAUAAUCGUAACAAUUCAACAUAGAAUACAUAUAGUAC